AUGGCCACCAGCGAUUUGGGAAUAGGAAUGAUCUUUUUAUUACAAACUAUAGCUGGAAUCCUGGGGAAUUUCUUUCUUCUUUACCAUUAUCUCUUCCUCUACUUCACAGAAUGGAAGUUGAGAUCCAUAGAUUUGAUUCUCAUGCACCUGACUAUAGCUAACUGCUUAGUCAUUCUCUCUAGAGGAAUCUCUCAAAUGAUGGCAAGUUUGGGGAUAAAAGAUUUUCUCAAUGAUAUUGGAUGCAAACUUGUUUUUUAUUUUCACAGAGUUGGCAGGAAUGUGUCCGUUGACACCACCUGCCUCUUGAGUGUCUUCCGGGUGAUCACAAUCAGUCCUAGAACCUCCAGAUGGGAAGAGCUUAAAGUAAAAGUUCCCAAGAACAUGGGCACCUUUAACAUCCUCUGCUGGACCCUGAACAUGAUGCUAAAUAUAAUGGUCCCUGUGUAUGUGACUGGAAAAUUGAGCAACAAAAAUAUCACAAAGAAAACUAAUUAUGGCUACUGUUAUGCUCUAAGUCACGGCAAAUUCACGGAGUCAUUGUAUAUAUCAUUGGUAUUAUUUCAUGAUAUAUUCUCUUUUGGACUCAUGGUCUCUGCCAGCAGCUUCAUGGUUUUCAUUCUACACAGGCACAAGCAGAGGGUUCAACACAUUCAUAGGACCAGCAUUUCCUCCAAAACCUCCCCUGAAUCCAGAGCUACCCAAAGCAUCCUUGUCCUGGUGAGCACCUUUGUGUCUUUGUGCACUCUCUCCACUGUCAUUCACAUUUUUUUGUCACUUUCUAAUAAUCCCAGUUUGUGGCUGUUGAACACCACUUCACUAAUUGCUGGCUGUUUCCCAACUGUCAGCCCCUACAUUCUUAUGAGUCAUGAUUCCAGAGUAUCGAGGCAUUGUUUUGCUCAGAUAAGAAAUACAAAAUCCUCUAAACUUAUUGUAAAUAUGUAA